UCUGUCUUUCACUCUCUCUCUACUACUCUGUCCUCCACUCGAUAUGGAUACCCUUCUCCUCCACUUUCCUUCCAUGGCCAAACCCAAGCAAAAGCGCCCCUGUUGCUCCUCCCCGGACCCUCUCACCAUCAGCCAUAGCCCUAGGGUUUCCAAUUCCAGAAUCGAUCGCCAUCUGGACAUGGACUCUCUCCUGGAAUCGUUUUUAGGUCUUUCCGAUUCCUCAACUGUCUCUCUAGACCUCUCUUUCGAUCGCCUUCUGGAAUCUAGGGCUUGCGAUUCCGACCAGAGCGACAUGAUUGACCGUGCUCUCAGGUUAGGCUCUGCGCUUCUCGAAGCUGGCAAAAGAUCUGCUCGAAAGCGUGCUUCGAUGCAUAACGCCGUCGUUUGGGCCCUCCCUCCUGAUCUCACUAUCAAAGUUUUUUCUAUGCUUGACACGCAAAGCCUAUGUUAUGCCACAGCGGCAUGUUCCUUUUUUCACAAGUGUGCGAUGGAUCCUUCAUGCUAUGCCAAUAUUGACUUGAGGACAAUAGUCCCCAAGCUCAAUAAUGUGGUUGUAUCUACAAUGAUACAGAGAGCUGGAAAAGCGCUUCAAUCUGUAAAGCUUGGUAUUGUGCCUGGCCCAACAUCACUUGGUUCUUCUCAGCCAUUAGUUUAUACAAUCAGGAACUCCACAGAUGCAUCAGGCUUUUCCUGGAAUGAUAAGAGAUCUAGACAAGGGAAAGAGUCAUCUGUUCUUACGAGGUCGUGCUUGACCUCUUUGAGUGGGGACAAUGGUGCUCCUGGGGCUCUUUUGAGGAGAUUGCACCUUUACAAUAUUGAAAGGAUGGAUAAUGCAGCACUUUGUACAGCUCUAUCAGCCUGCCCUUGUCUUCUUGAUCUAGAAAUUGUUGGCCUCCAUGUAGAACUAAGGCAAACGCUGGAGUCUGUGAGCAAGCACUGUCAUUUGAUAGAGCGCCUGCAUUUUGAAUCUUCGAAAACAGGUAGAGAUGACAGUUUGAAAGUACCAACCUGUGGUGAUUUAGUGAACAGUUGUCCUCAUCUAUCUUCGUUAGCACUCAAGGGAUUUAAGCUGCAUGACUACAAAGCCCGUGUAUUAGUCAAGGGAUUUCGGAAGCUGAAAUAUGUUGACUUCACGACAUCCUACUCCAUCACUGGUGCAUUUCUAAAGAACCUUGGUGGCAACCUAUUGGAGGUCUUGAUUUUGCGGGACUGUAUGCAUCUUAAAGAAGUCGAAGUUGCUCGUUUUUUGUCAGCUGUUGUUGCAGGAGACUUCAAGCUUCUUAGAAAUCUUGACGUAUCCAACAGGGAAGGUCUAGCAUCUGAAGGCGACUGGUACCGUAGAUGUUACAGCCCAAGUUUCAUUCCUCUGAAGCAAUUGUUGGAAGAAAGGCCUGGUUUCUUACUGCUGGCCGAGUUUCCUCAAGAAGGAAGUUUCACCGAAGUUGAGCAAAUGAUCAGCAGUGAUGUGAAUAGUGAUUUCAGUUUGGCAUCACAGAUAAGCAGUCAUACAUCCGACGGAUCAUUGUUCAUGAGUUCAUCAGAGAGCAGCUAUAAUAGUGAUCAGGGUAGUGGUAAUGAGGACAGUAGAGAUCCCGGUUUUAUAACAUAUGAGGAGAGUUCAGAUGAGGUGGACUUCCUUUGUGUAUGA